CGACCAGCGUUGUAGUGACGUCACGCGGCGCGAUAGGUGUGCGGUUCGGCGCGGCGGCCAUCUUUGAUUUAAUAGCCGUGAUUGCCGUGAACCGGAGUCGAUCAGGGAGCAGAGCAGAGCAGUGCCGUCGUCCAGCUGAGCUGUCAACCGCGCGCGACGAGACGAGUGUUCGCGUUCGUUGGGGAAGUGAGUUCGGGUGGUGGUGAGGUGGUGACAGGGACAACGAGGAGAGAGAGAGAGAGGCUUAACACCGAGUGUCAUCAGUCAGCCCCAGUGCUCGAGGUUGUUAACCAACAAGGGGACUGACAACAAUCAUCCGAGCGGCGUUUAAGGGCCCAGAGAAUCGCGGACGAGAGUGAGUCUCCGGGUGCGGUGUGCUGAAAACGAGGAUUGGGAUGGCCGGCCAGACCAUCAACGACAGGCUGCUCGCAGCGAGGCACAGCAUCGCCGGUCAGGGACUCGCCAAGUCCGUCUGCAAGGCCACAACCGAGGAGCUGAUCGGCCCGAAAAAGAAGCACCUUGACUAUUUGAUACACUGUACAAACGAGCCAAAUGUCUCGAUACCACAACUGGCUAACCUGCUCAUCGAGCGGUCGCAGAACACAAAUUGGACUGUCGUAUUCAAGGCCCUUAUCACUGUACAUCACAUGAUGUGCUAUGGAAACGAGAGGUUCACCCAGUACCUGGCGUCAAGUAACAGCACUUUUCAGCUCAGCAGUUUUCUGGACAAAAGUGGGGUGCAAGCUGGAGCACGUGUGGGAUACGAUAUGUCGCCGUUCAUCAGGCGGUAUGCUAAAUACUUGAACGAGAAAGCACUUUCGUACAGAACCGUUGCGUUUGAUUUUUGCAAAGUCAAACGAGGCAAGGAGGAUGGUACUCUUCGAACGAUGAACCCGGAGAAAUUGCUCAAAACUUUACCCGUUCUUCAGGCGCAACUAGACUCGUUACUGGAAUUCGACUGCUCGGCCAAUGAUCUUACAAACGGUGUUAUAAACAUGGCCUUUAUGCUUCUCUUCAGAGAUCUCAUCCGUUUAUUCGCCUGUUAUAACGACGGAAUUAUUAAUCUAUUAGAAAAAUACUUCGAUAUGAAUAAGAAACAAUGCCGGGAUGCGUUAGACCUUUAUAGAAAAUUCUUAACCAGAAUGAACAGCGUUGGAGAAUUCCUGAAAGUUGCAGAGAAUGUUGGUAUCGAUAAGGGAGACAUUCCAGAUCUCACAAAGGCUCCGAGCAGUCUGCUUGAUGCGCUCGAACAGCAUCUUGCCUCCUUAGAAGGAAAGAAAGGAUCUGCGGCUAAUACGCCAACGCAAACAGCUAGCCAUAGAACGAAUGUAAAGUCGGGAGUGUCCGCCCUGUCUUCCACCAGCAUGGCGUUUGGAACAGCAGCCAGCAACGCAAGACUAGAUCAGACUGGAAAUGGGCACAUUGACGAGGCGUUGAGACAACAGGCUCUAGCCGAGGAAGAGGCAGCUAUGAAUCAGUACAAGGCCAAAGUACAGUCACCGUCGGGUGGCCCGAGCACUAAUCCAUUUCUCAGCUCUCCGACGAACAAUGCUGGACAGCCAAUCGUUGAUUUAUUCAGCUCGGCUCCGGUGACGGAUAAUCAGUCACAAAAAGCAUCGGAUGACCUUCUGCAACUUGCGGGGAAUCCGUUCGCGGAUAUGUUCGGUAAUUCGCAACCGCAGCCACAACCGGUCCAACCUGCGCCUGUUCAAAACAAUAUGUGGAUGACAAACGGUAAUGGUUUCGGAGCUGCUCCACCACCAGCAAAUAAUGCCUUUGUUACAGAUAACAAUUUCUCGUCUGUAUUUGGAAAUAAUCAAGAACAGUCAACUGCUGCCACAGGACUAACCGGUUCCGUACCCAAUCCAUUCAUGUCCGAUUUCCCAACGUCCGGUCCUCAGCCAACGAAUGCAGCCAAUAUCGGCUUGUUCGAUAGCAACACGGACCUGACAUCCUCAGAAAGUCAACCAUCCGCCGGUGGCGGGGACCUAUUCAGUGCUGGCGGUCAGGCAGAUUUCUUUGGGGGCGACGGUACAGUGGUCGGUACCACGGAGGCGGGUAACGGGGACGCAGUUCUUGGAUCGUUACCAGGUGCGGCGUCCUCUGGAGCCCUUGGCUCUGGAAAGUCCACUGCAACGCCGCCACCCAGACCACCGCCUCCCGCAAGUGCUUCUAACGGUACGCCAAGAGCGAUGUCUCCUGCCAUUGGAGGCGCCUCGACUGGCCGAGCCGCAGGCUCGGCACCCAGCAAAAGCGCCUUCGACGAUCUAAAUGACAGUAUUCGUAUGGCCCUGGGUGGGUCGCCGUCACGCCCGCCACCUCUGGCCCAACAAGCCGUUCCUCCUGCUUCGCAACAAUCCCAACAACAGCAACAACAACAACAACCGGCUUUGGUUGGCUUCGAUAAGUUUGACAUGGGGGGAAUGGGGGGUAUUGGGGUCGUUGGACAACCUGUAAUGAGUGGAGUUGUCGCUCCGGGUUACGGUAUUCCUUCCCAAACCCAAAUUCCUGUCGGGUACGGUUCGCCGGCAAAGCAGCCUAUGUCAGCAGCGGGUCAACCGGCGACAACUGGAAGCGGCGGAAAGGUCCUGACUGGUGACUUGGACAGCAGUCUUGCCAGCCUCGCGCAGAAUCUUUCUAUCAAUAAGAGUGCUCAGCAACAAGUCAAGGGAAUGCAAUGGAAUUCUCCAAAAAACGCUGCUAAGACUGGAGGACAAACGGGUUGGACGCCUCAGCCGAUGGCAGCGACGACAGGUGCCGGUUAUAGACCAAUGUUAGUGAUGAUUGGCAUAUUUAGUGCAGUGAUGCAUGCGUGGCAUAUGGCAUGUUGCCGGCUGUUACAGGGCCAAGGAAUGACACAACUUCCUCCAACAGCCAGUAUGGGCUUCCCCACCCAGCCUGCUAUGCCUCUGGGUAUGCAAUCUAUGCCGAUGGGUAUGCAGGGCAUGCGGCCAAUGAUGGGUGCAAUGCCUGGUGCUCCCGUUGCAACUGGUGGCAUGAUGGUUGCGGGGGGAACCGCACCCACAAUAAUGGGCGCCCCGAGUCCCAUGAUGAGUGCUCCCCUGCAGCAGCAACACUCUCAUAGCACUGCUCAGUCGCAAGCAAACGCUGUACAACUUGAUCCUUUCGGUGCUCUGUGAGGGGAUUAGGAAUUCAAUUGGAAUUAAGAAGGAGAUGAAGAUUAAGAUGAUAAUAUAGAUGAAGAUGAUUUACAUGAAAAUGAUUUACGGAGCUCCAACUUUGUACAUACUGUGUAAUAUGCCUUCUAAAUGUUCUGCUUCCAUUCCUCCGAAACCCCCCGCCUUUAUCACAAGUUGAUUAUGAAUCCAACUAUCGAAAGCCUCAAUUCACCCGCACCCGCACCCAUCCGCAUCCCUCCUCUCUCGCCCCUUUGUUAAUACAACAGGUAUUUAUAUA